AAAAUAAAAAAACAAGAAUUUAACAAAAUGUUAAAUGCGUUAUAUGAUCAGACUGUUUGUACCGAACAAAUACUUCCUGAAACCUUUAUUUUGUUUUGUCUCGGUUGUUGACGAGCGCGAUGACGUCAUCGACGCGCGACGUUGCCAGAGGAGUUUCUAUGAGUUCAACACAGUCUAAAAGACAAUGACUACAAGUUUAAAACAGGCUUUAAAAACGCACUUUGGCUUCGACGACUUCAGAUCUAAACUACAGGAAGAUGUGGUCACAACCGUCCUCAGAGGUGACAGGGACGUGUUUGUGUGCAUGCCCACCGGGGCAGGAAAGUCCCUCUGCUACCAGCUGCCCGCGGUGCUGGCUGAGGGCAUCACUCUGGUCAUAUCCCCGCUCAUCGCGCUCAUUCAGGACCAAGUGGGGCACCUCAAGAACCUGAACAUCCCUGCCUGCUCCAUCAACUCCAAGCUCCCAGCAGGCGAGCGCCGUCUGAUCCUGGCCGACCUGGGCAGCACGAGCCCAAAGCUGAAGCUGCUCUACAUCACCCCAGAGAUGGUGGCCUCUCCUUCGUUCCAGCCCUGCCUGACAGACCUGUGCUCCCGGAGUCUGCUGUCCUACCUGGCUGUGGAUGAGGCUCAUUGCGUGUCCCAGUGGGGACAUGAUUUCAGGCCAGACUACCUCAAACUGGGCGAGCUGCGUGCUCGUUUGCCAGGGGUUCCCUGCUUGGCCCUGACGGCAACAGCACCGAAGAAUGUACAGGAGGACAUUGUGACGUCGCUGAGGCUGCACUCGCCGCAGUCUUUUGUGACGCCUGUUUUCCGUAGUAAUUUACAUUAUGAUGUGAUCUUCAGGGAGCUGCUUCCCAACCCGUACGCUCACCUCCAUGACUUCAUUAGGAAAGCACUGGCUCUGGACAGCGGCUCUGAUCCACAGGGUUGUGGAAUUGUGUACUGUCGGACCAGGGACGGCUGUGAAACAGUGGCUUACCAGCUGACCAGGCUUGGAGUGUUGGCCAAGGCUUAUCACGCAGGCUUGAAGGCUGGAGAUCGCACAGAAGUCCAGAAUGAGUGGAUGCAGGGGAAGGUCCUGGUUAUUGUGGCCACCAUUAGUUUUGGCAUGGGAGUAGACAAGGCUAAUGUCAGGUUUGUGGCUCACUGGAACAUCGCUAAGUCGCUCGCCAGUUACUAUCAAGAGUCUGGACGAGCAGGGAGAGACGGUCUGCCGUCCUCAUGUCGCACAUACUACUCGCCCAAAGAUAAGGAGCAGAUUAACUUCCUCAUCCGCCAGGAGGUCGGCCGCAGACAGGAAAAACGUGGCUGUGCAAAGGAUACAGACAAAGCAGCGAUCACAGACUUUGAAGCCAUGGCUUCAUUCUGUGAGCAAGAAGGUUGCCGACACGCCAUCAUCUCCAAGUUCUUUGGGGACAAGAAGCCAAACUGUGCCGGCGCCUGUGACUACUGCUCUGACCCUAAGGCCGUUCGGGCCCAGCUGGAGAAAGCGGCUGCUCUCAGCACCAGAACUGAAGCUCACCGCAACGAGCCCAAAGGACCGUUCGGUUUCCAGCAAGACCUUUAUGGAGGUGGAAAGAAGGGAUACGGCUUCGAGAGGUAUGAUGAAGGGGAGGGAAAUGAUGAAGACGAUGCGGUAAAAAGGAAAAAGGAGUUUUCUGACCUUUUCAAGCAGCAGAUGCACCUACGCAAGGGAAGCGACGGUCAGAGGGAAGACUUUGUUGCUCCGGACGCCGACUGUCCACUGAGGGAGGCCACAAGCCAGAGGAUCCCCAGGCUCACAGUGAAGGCUAGAGAGCACUGCCUGUUCCUCCUACAAGAGGCGCUGCUUGGCCAACAGGGGGCAGAAGAUGCAUUCAACUGUGACACUCUGUCCUUGGCCGUGGAUCUUGAACAUGCUGCCUUCAAGAACAGCAAGUCCUCCAACUUGUACAAAGCUGCUGUUUUAAAAAAGGUAGCGGAGAUGAAGAAAACCCCACCUGCUUCAGCUGGAGGAGAAACUGGAGAAGAUGUUACAGGGUCACAGUCCUGCUCCUCUACUGUUACUGACGAACUGCAGGGAUUCACGUCUGCAUCUGAGAUCUACUCCAUGAAGCGUAAGAGGAAAGGUGCGGGUGAAAGAGGGUCUUCGGACCCCUUCCUGACGGCCAGGGACCUGCUGAAGCCCGGAGCAGAGAGCGGUGGCUUCUACACUGACAGCAUAGGAAGCAGAAAGGAAACGGAUACAGACUCAUCUUCUAUCAGAACCAGCGCAAAUAAAGCUGCUGCUGCUUUCCUGAGCAGCCCAACGAAGACAGGCAGAGCCGUCAGCAAAAAGCAGCAGAAACUCGCAGAAGCUGCGAAAAGUUCCCACAGCAUCUCCCAGUACUUCACCAAGAGACAGACGGACCGCAGCCGGGAUGAGGCGCCGACACCGAAGGAGCCCGACGCCACGUCUACAGCCGCGAUGCCUCUGGAAAACACUAGCCAAGAACAGUCGCCUGCUGUGGCGGGGAACAGUCCAGAUGUGACGCUAGGACAGAACACUGAGGCCAUCGUUAUACUGGAUGAUACGGAUGAGGGGGGGUGCUGUGAAACGGAAACGCUGGGACCGGUGUGUGGGCCGGAUGCAUUUAAAGGGGACAUAAAGUCAAGCACAGAACAAAACGAUGCAGAGGAACAUCAACCACCUCUAAUGCAAACUUUAACAGAUGAGGUCAAAGCUGAGGCGUCUCCUCCCGUCAAGCGCAGACGCGUGACCUUUAACCCCAACGGGCAGGAGGGCGCCACCAAACGUGCGACUGAGCGGCCAAAGCCGGUGACGCUCAAGGAGGCGGCCGAUAUCGUGGUCCAUUAUCUGGACCCGUUUUACACUCAGGGAAAGUUUGCCACCAAGGAGCUGUUCAAGUCCUUCGCUCGCUACUUGUCUCAUCUUCUUGCAGAGGGAACAGGUCACGGAAAGAACCAAGUUAAAGCAGAAGCCAAAACUCUCAUCAAGAAGUUCUUCAGCCGAGUCCGACGCUGCGAGAGCGAGAACGACUGGAAGCACCUCAGACGUCCGCACGGCUGCAAGGCCGCGGAGAGCAAGGAAUGAUGGGAAGGAGCCUGUUUCCAGAACCGAAGCCUCCGUCCCGUCCUCCUUGUGCCUGAGCUUCUCUUAUUCCGUCGGCCUCAGGCUGCGUUACAGGCUGCGUUACAGGCUGCGUUACAGGCUGCGUUACAGGCUGCGUUACAGGCGCCCAGAGGCUGAUUUGCUGCUACGGUCCCAGUCCUGGACGUUUACAGGUGGAGAGAGAGCAGAGGUGCAGCCUCCGUAAACACUAAGUGCUUUAUAUCGUUUCCUCCCACUGAUGCAACCCGUGCAUGUCAACAUGCUCACCGCAUCAACACCACCAUGCUGACGUGCACAGCCAUCAGCUCCAUCAGACAACAUCACCACGAACCACCAAGCUCUGCAUGGUUUGCUCUAAUCUUACCAAAUAAUUUGCAAGAGAGUCAAGGAAUCACCAAAGCCAUAAGUCAUGAACAUCUGUCCAACACAUCAUGACGACGCAUGACGUAGUCAUGGCGACAAUACAACUGAUGCUGGAAGUAACUGACAGUACUGUGAAGUGGGAUAAAACACGCAGUCACACUGGAUUCCUGCUGCUACACUGUUUGUCUGCAGCUGCUGGGAUGCAGAACAGAGUGAAUGGAUGUAAAUCAAUGUUGCUGUAUGAUGUCAUAAAAGUUAUUUGUACUAUUUUUAUUUAAACUAAACUCAGGUUCAUCUUCAGUUGCUGUUUAGCCUUAAAGAUAUUUUUUUUUCAUGAAGGCUGCAUUUAUGUUUCUAGGGAAGGAUUUACUUCUUACUUAUAGUGUCUGUCUGUCUGUCGGUACACAAUAAAAUAAAAGCUACAACGGACACAGACUGGACUGUUCAGAGCCAACAGCCAGAGUUUAUUUACCAUUUACACGUUUACAAUAAAGUGUGUUGUUUAAGAACCAGCUCAGACAGUGGGAGGCGUCUUUAAUUGUUAAUAAUUAAUGAUUGAUCAUGUCUUUAAUUAGACAAUUAGCCUAUUUACAGGGAGGAGGAGACGUCGGUACUGUCGGUGCU